GCAGAGAGGACAAUAAAAGGAGGGCUAGGAGAGAGAGAAAACAAAGAGAGGGGAGGGAAGUCAGAUAUGAGACUGGGACAGGAAACCAGAAGGUGAACCACAAGAGUCUGAGGGAAGGAAUCAAGAAAAUCAGAGGUGAAGUGAGGAUUAAGGGAGGGAGGAGAGGACAGAAGAAGAUUUGUGGACCAAUAAGAGAGUGAAGCAAGAAAGAGAAAAGGAGAAAAGAGAGCGGCACGAUAUAGAAAAGAAGAGAGACCGCAAAAUUACAGAGCGUGACACACUGACGGAGCGCCGAACUCCAGAUAAAGAUGCACGCCGUCCUGCUGCUCGGCUGCUUCGUCCUGGCUGCGACUCAGUACCUUUUUGGCUCUGCUCACAUGAUUCCAGAGGAGAGACUCUCCAGUAACAGGGUGGUUGUAUCCAACGCUCUGUCUCAAAGCAUCGAGGCUUCUUCCCCUCCUGUUGUUAUUGUAGAGUUACCGAAAUCAACGAGGAAGAACAGGAAGCCCAAGAAGCAGAGAAAGAACAAAUUUGGUGUGAAGAAGCGCCCUCCUCCUCCUCCCAACUGUAUUCCCUUGUGGGGAAGCUGUAAAUCUCCCAACAACGUGUGCUGUGAUUUCUGUGCCUUCUGCCAGUGUCGGCUCUUCAGAACUGUGUGUUUCUGUCGGAUGGGUAACCCUCGCUGCUGAGCGGCCGGCGGCAGCUCGCUACGCGCUAACGGCGAUCCACUGGGUGAACACUGUGAGAGGUGAAGGAUCGGUAGCUCUUGGUUUGUAAUUUCACUGCAUGACAGCACUUUAUAAAAGGACACCUCCACAGUGAACCUUUAAAAACGUUACAGGGUGUACCGCUUAUAGCACUGCCAGGAAACUCAUGUAGACGAGUUUGAUUCAAGUUGUUGGUUUUAAAGCAGAGAUGCUAACUGUUUUAUUGGACUCUGAGCAUAAAGCAUGCAUAAACUGAAGAUGCUUGCUGAAAAAGUUUGAUAUAUUGCUUUAUUUUUACACAGAAAUACAUGAAUGUGCAUUACUACAUAUGUACUACAAAUUUACUGGGUAUGAAAUACUUCAGAAGCUUGUAAUAAAG